CCCAUUCCCCACCAUCGCCCCCUUUGCUCAAUCUCCAUCCCACCUGCCAAUCAAAUCCUUGCGCCUCCUCCCGCCAUUUCGCCCCCGCUCACCAGGCUACCCCCCCCCCCCCCCCCCCCCCCAAACCCUAACCCAUACCGACGAUGCCGAAGGCCGGCAGCGGGGUGGCGGACGAGGAGGACUUCCGCGCCGAGGUGGACGAGCGCCUCAUCAACGAGGAGUACAAGAUCUGGAAGAAGAACACACCCUUCCUCUACGACCUCGUCAUCACACACGCGCUCGAAUGGCCUUCCCUCACCGUGCAGUGGCUUCCCGAACGCACCGAGCCGCCGGGGAAGGACCACUGGGUCCAGAAGAUGAUCCUCGGCACGCACACCUCCGAUAACGAGCCCAACUACCUCAUGCUCGCGCAGGUCCAGCUGCCCCACGAAGACACCGAGGCCGACGUGCGCCACUACGACGAUGAGCACUCCGACAACGGGUUGUUCGGCGCGGCCACCGGCGAGUAUGGAGGAUGCAUUUCAGCUGCUGAAUAUUGGUGGACUAAUUGUUCUGAGCCGGCCAAGCCCACGACAAAGGUGCAAAUUGUUCAGCAGAUAAAUCAUGAUGGAGAGGUCAAUCGAGCUCGCUAUAUGCCCCAAAAUUCAUUUAUAAUUGCUACUAAGACAGUUAGUGCAGAAGUAUAUGUCUUCGACUACAGCAAGCACCCAUCUAAGCCUCCACUAGAUGGUGCAUGCAACCCUGAUUUACGGCUGAAGGGACAUAAUUCUGAAGGAUAUGGCUUAUCAUGGAGUAUUUUUAAUGAGGGACAUUUGUUAAGUGGGUCUGAAGAUGCUCAAAUUUGCUUGUGGGACAUUAAAGCAAAUAGUAGAAACAAAAGUCUUGAUGCCCUGCAGAUUUUUAAGCAUCAUGAUGGUGUCGUUGAAGAUGUUGCUUGGCACUUGAGGCAUGGGUACUUAUUUGGGUCAGUUGGUGACGAUCAUCAUCUUUUAAUUUGGGACCUGCGGUCUCCCUCGCCUGCUAGGCCUGUUCAGUCUGUGGUGGCACACCAGGGCGAGGUGAACUGCCUGGCUUUCAACCCGUUCAAUGAAUGGGUUGUUGCAACUGGUUCUACUGACAAGACUGUCAAAUUAUUUGAUCUUAGGAAGAUUCAUACUUCUCUGCACACCUUUGACUGUCACAAAGAAGAAGUUUUUCAAGUUGGAUGGAGUCCAAAGAAUGAACCUAUACUUGCGUCCUGUUGUCUGGGCAGAAGACUCAUGGUCUGGGACCUAAGCAGGAUCGAUCAAGAACAAACACCGCAGGAUGCACAAGAUGGCCCUCCAGAGCUCUUGUUCAUCCACGGAGGCCAUACCAGCAAGAUCUCUGAUUUCUCCUGGAACCCCUGCGAGGACUGGGUGAUUGCUAGCGUCGCUGAAGACAACAUCCUCCAGAUAUGGCAGAUGGCUGAUAACAUCUACCUUGACGAAGCUGAUCUGCCGAUAAGCGAUGAGCUGGAGAAUUCUUAUUGAAGCAACACAAAGCAGAAGAGAUGCUUGUUACAUAUACUACGUACCGAGAGAUUUCAGAAUGAUGAUGCAGUCCCCUGAUGACUCUCAUAUAUAUAGAUAGGUAUAUGGGCCAAUAUGGGCCUUAACACACCCCUUCAAACUCAAGGCGGAUCAGAGACAUUGAGUUUGAGUAAAUGUAGUCGAUGAUGCUCCCGAGUUUGAGCUUUAGUGAAGAAAUCUGCCACUUGCAAAUCUGAAGGUACAUAUUGUAGAGUAAUUGUCUUCUGACGGCAAUGAGAUCGAGUAAAGAAGGCAUCUACACCAAUGUGCUUUUGAAGGUCAUGUUUCAUUGGAUCAUUAGCAAUCUGUAUAGCACCAGUAUUAUCACACAGAAGAGGUGUAGGACCAUCACACACAAUACCAAAAUCAGCUAGUAACCAACGAAGCCAGACAAUUUCUACAGUAGUGGUGGCAAGUGCACGAAGUUCUGCUUUAUUACUGGAGCGAGAAACAACUUGUUUCUUAGAUUUCUAUGAAAUAAGAGAGGAACCAAGAAAAAUACAAUAGCCGAGCAUCGAUCAUUCA